AUAGACGGUGGCGGAAUCCGCGGCUUGUCUUCUCUCCAGGUUCUUUGGCAUCUCUUGCAUGAAGCUCAGGUGGAGGAAGGACUCUCGGAGAUGCCGCUACCUUGUGAAUAUUUCGAUCUCAUUGGUGGGACCACUCUGCUUAGGAUCAUUGCGCUCAUGCUGGGACGCCUUCGCAUGUCCGUCGAUGAUGCUCUCCGUAAAUACGCGGAGCUUUCCAAGGAAGUUUUCUCCGAGCGAAAAAUUAGUCGGGGAUGGGAAGUUCAAGGCGAGUAA